AUCUUCUAAAAUGUUGAUUUCAGAUAAUGAUGAUGAAUUUGGUAAAAUGUUAUGUGAUUUAUAUCAUGAGGAAAGAAUGAAAGGCAAAACUGCUUUAAUAAUUCUUAAUCAAAUGGAAUUAUAUUUUUCAAAAGAACGAAAAAAAACAAAAGAUUUCAUUAAUUGGUGUCUUGAAAAUGAAAAUAAUUCUAUA